CUGAAACGGGCCUGGCAUCCCAGUCUACAUCUUUCUCCUGUGCUGGAUGCUUCCUGCCCUCGAAUAUCAUCAGACUUCUAGUUCUUCAGUUUUAGGACUCAGACUGACUCUCCUUGCUCUCAGCUUGCAGACAGACUGUGGUGGGACCUUGUGAUCCUGCUUUCUUAGUUCAGCUGUCUUCCUGAGGUUGUUUGGAGCCGCUGCAUCAUGGGUAAAGAACUCCCUAAAGCCAGUCCCAACAAGCCUGCACUGAAUAUCAAGAAGUCUGACAAAUUCUUCAAACACAAGAAGCCCACCAAUAAUGUGCUGGUCUUUUUGAUCAACAGACAACUGAGCAGGCACAGAAGUGACAUCGACCUGUCAAGGUCGCUGUGGAUGCUGUCAUAA